GUGAAAUAAGAAGACAGGAAGGCAUUUCUCUCUCUCUCUCUCUCUCUCUCUCUCUCUCUUCUGUUGAAUGUGGUGAAGUCAUAUAAUUCAGACAAGGGUGUUUGUGCUGUAUUUGUAUUGGCAGUCAGCACUGUGUUGCAAAGAAGAAGAGCGGGAUCACAGCAACGCACGCCCUAACUCACCUGUAUUCACCUGAAAGCCACUACACAAAGAUCAGCAUGUCAAACAUUGGUCCUUGCUUUGGUCUGUCUCGGGAGGUACAGAGUAAGAUUGAUAAGAAAUAUGACCCAGAACUGGAGGAAAGGUUGACGGAGUGGAUCGUCGCUCAGUGCGGCCCUGAAGUGGGCCGGCCAGAGCCAGCCAAGACCGGAUUCCAAAACUGGCUCAAGAACGGAUGUGUGCUGAGUGAGCUCAUCAACAGCCUGUAUGCUACCAACAAGCCGAUAAAGACCAUUAAGACCUCCAGCAUGGUGUUCAAGCAGAUGGAACAAAUAUCCAUGUUCCUCAAAGCUGCAGAAAACUACGGAGUCACCAAAACUGACAUAUUUCAGACUGUAGACCUCUUUGAAGGCAAGGACAUGGCUGCUGUCCAGAGGACCCUGAUGGCUCUGGGUAAUUUGGCUGUCACAAAGAACGACGGGUGUUACAAAGGAGACCCCAACUGGUUCCACAGGAAAGCCCAAGAGAACAGGAGAGAUUUCUCAGAGGAACAGCUGACCGAAGGCAAAAAUGUCAUCGGCCUGCAAAUGGGCACAAACAGAGGAGCAUCUCAGGCUGGAAUGACGGGCUACGGACGACCCAGGCAGAUCAUCAACAACCCGUGAAUCCGUGCAGAGCUGAAACACUCCUUCGUCUGCCCUCUGAAAGGCCAGCGAGGACCAUGAGGAGAAGUGUAACCUGACUGUUUUCGAGGCUAAACUGGACCAAAACAGGGACCAAUGAGAAGAUGUGCACACACUUCAUGUUGAGUAGGCCUCCACAAAUAGAUUCCUUAAAUAGUGUAAGUAAAGUUGACAGAGCAUUUGACAUAGUGAAUUGUAAAUUAUAGUUUUUUCUUAAAGGACAAUUCCAGUUGUUUUGCAUGUUUUAACCCACUUCCUAAAAAUCAAAUGUGCUUCACUGCAAAGCACAAGAUUUUAGAUGUCUUACCUUCCAAACAUCCAGAGGUUUCUCCAUAACACAAUCUGCAGUUAGAUUUGUAAUCAAUGUGUCGGACCUUCUUUUUAGCGUUUAAUACGUGAUAUAUAAUGAGAAUGAUUUUUGAAAUAAAGUUUGAUUUACCUUUUAAA